AUCACGAGAUGAAUCUUUUAAGCCUAGUUACUCUAUGAUUGGAUAAUAUUUGUUAAAUAAAAACAAAAUGGCUACAGUUUCGAAAACUUUUCAGUUUUUGGAACUAAACAAGGCCUUAGUCAAUGUUUUAAUUAUAAUUGAUGAUAGGAGCAUCUACGUGUAAAUAAGUCCAUAGAUAUUCGAAUAAAUAUUGCAAUCUGCCCAUAAGAUAGAGGUUAUUUUUAGCUAAAAUAAUUUUUCUAUGGUUUUUCAAAAAAUAAAUCUAGGAAAAAAAUAUGUAAUAAUUUUUCAAAAAUAUGUUUGUAGUUCGAUUUACCUCCUAAAUUAUCAUAGAAGUUAGAUUUACUCUUUCAAUUGACGCGAAGCUAUGUCAUAGAAAACCGCUGUCCAUGACUGCUUACUGCUUAGGGUGUGAAAAUAAUCUGUUUUAAAAUAAAAGUUGUGUGUAAGGUUGGAAAAACUGUUUUAAAUGAAAAAGAAAAAAUCAGACUAUCGUGACGUUUAGGGGUCAGGAUUAAAAUUCUUUUUUUAUAAUUGAGGAGGAAAAUGGUUGUAUCACAAAGGUUUAUUGGCUUUAAAGCUUAAAGGUCUCUUUCCUUAUCUUUUUAUGGAUAUAUGGGCCUGGUGAGUUUGUUGAAUCAGUUGCCAUCAGGCCCAUUCAAAGUCAUGUAUAGCCCAAAUGAACAGAGGACAAUAGUAAUAUUUGUGUUUUAUUUACUCGGUUCCAUUUACCCAGAGCCCAUAUUUCGGUUACGGCUUAAUUUCUUUUUCUCGACAGUGCGUAUAUUUUUACACUUGACGACGUCUCCAAUUCGCAAACGUAGACUAGCAGUCUCGUCGGAAGUGGUAAAAUAUUCCGGUGGACGGGCAGUUGAGCUGCACCCGCGCCAGUGGUUGAGCUGUGGCUGCGCUGCUCGCUCUCUCUCACUGCCCUUCUGCUGUUCCUCCGGUCGAUCUGGUCGCUCUGCCCCAACGCUUCUCACCUUCCGGCGCCUUCCCCUCUCACACGCACCCACCCGCCAGUCACAGCUACCACGCAGCUGCACGGUGCACCCACCUGUGUGACCUAUAUAUAUAUCCCGCGGCGCCGCCGGCUCACUUAUCACGUGACCUCGCCGCCGGCGGCCGGUCUGUCUGUCUGUCGAUGGAAAACUCGCCGCUCCAUGGAGUCAUCCGGCAACCAAACACUCCGCCGCUGGCUACGGGUACGUGCCUUGCCCCGCUGCCGCCGGCCGUAGCCGCGCCACAGCCGCCGGAGCAGCAUGCGUGCAGCAGCGAUGCGACGACGACGUCCCUCGUCCCGGGCGCGGCCACGAUGAUGAGUUGCCCGCCGGCGGCCGUGGACUGGGCGUCGCUGCUUCUCCCGCGCGCGCCGGGGACGCUGCACGUCGGGACGACGCCGCCGCCGGUCGCGAGCGAAGUCGAGAGCGGCGGUAGUAGCGCUGUGACGGUGGCCGGGAGCAGUGCUAGUGCGACGGCGGCGGGAGAGGGAGAUAAUAAUUAUAAGGCCGGAAAAGCUGGGAAGGCCGGCGGCGGCGGGAGGGGGAAGAAGAAGGCGAGCCGGCCACGGUUCGCGUUCCAGACGCGGAGCGACAACGACGUCCUCGACGACGGCUACCGGUGGAGGAAGUACGGGCAGAAGGCCGUCAAGAACAGCGCAUUUCCAAGGAGCUACUACCGGUGCACGCACCACACGUGCGACGUGAAGAAGCAGGUGCAACGGCUGGCCAAGGACACGAGCAUCGUGGUGACCACGUACGAGGGCGUGCACAACCACCCGUGCGAGAAGCUCAUGGAGGCACUCAGCCCCAUCCUCAAGCAGCUCCAGCUCCUCUCGCAACUCCAGUCUUGCACUAAUCAACUCCUCUGAAUAUAUAUUCAUCUGAUCUAGCCUGGCUAUCAUCAGCGUGAACUAAUGCAAAUUUACUGCUAAGUGUACAAAAUGAACUAUUAAUCGAUCGAUCGGCAGUGGUAACAGAAGGAACAACUGCCUCCCUAAAUUACACAGUGAGUACAUAUGUGUAGCUGAUCUUAUAUAGAUGCAAUGCAGAUGUGUACGUGAUUCAUGCAGAUACAAAUGUGUGUCGUAGGUACUAAUGAUACAACAGAAAUGUAUGCGCGCGGAUCAGCGUCUUCUGUAAUCAAGCUUUAAUUUACUUGUUCAAUUUAAUCUCUCCGGCUAUA